GUGAUGCAUGAGGAUGCAGAGCCAGGAGGGGAGCCGUGCUGGCUGGAGCAGCCUGUUGGCACCGCCCUGCUAAUGGGGCUCUGAGACAGGCUGAGUGGCACAGCUCCCAGGUGCCAGCAGGUGGCCGCUGCAUCCCUGAGGGCCUCACGGAACUGUGCCCAGCUGGGUCCCACACCAGCUGCACCUUGCCAGCCGCCUGUCCAAGGCCAUGCAGGUGACACUGGUGCAGCUGUCCAGUCCUGGGGCAUGAGCUGGUAGGCAGAGCCCUCAUUCUGGAGCAGACUUGGGCUGGGGUGCCUUCCCCCGACCCACCCCUUAGCCCAGCUGGCCAACUGUGCAGAGAGCAGGGACCCGCGGACCAUGAAUAUUUCUCCUGCACAGUAAGUGGGACUGGCUCUUCAGCUCCCAUCCCGCCUGCCUGAUUCCAGAGCAUCGGCCCAAGGGCAGCCGUCAGCGGACCCUGCAUGGCCGCGCUACUGAUGCCACGCAGGAACAAAGGCAUGAGGACGCGACUGGGCUGCCUGUCUCACAAGUCAGAUUCCUGUAGUGACUUCACAGCUAUCCUUCCCGACAAACCCAACCGGGCCCUCAAGAGGUUAUCCACAGAGGAAGCUACAAGGUGGGCGGAUUCGUUUGAUGUGCUUCUUGCUCAUAAGUAUGGCGUGGCCGCCUUUCGUGCCUUCCUGAAGACGGAGUUCAGCGAGGAGAACCUGGAGUUCUGGCUGGCUUGUGAGGAAUUUAAGAAGAUCCGCUCGACUGCCAAGCUAGCCACCAGGGCCCACCGGAUCUUCGAGGAGUUUGUGGACGUGCAGGCUCCACGCGAGGUGAACAUAGACUUCCAAACCCGAGAAAACACCAGGAAGAACAUGCAAGAGCCAUCACCCACCUGCUUUGACCAAGCGCAGGGCAAAGUGCACAGUCUCAUGGAGAAAGACUCUUACCCCAGAUUCCUGAGGUCCAAAAUGUACUUAGAUUUGCUGUCCCAAAGCCAGAGGCGGCUGAGUUAGACCUCAGAGGGGGCUCCUGCUUCCCUGGUGGCCAGAACCAUAUUUUAACAUGACUGGUCAUAGGGAUGGGGCUCCCCCAGGACAGUGAGUAGGUCUGGGUAGCUAGGGGUGAGUGGAGCAUGGAGGGUCACUUCCCAGCUGAAUCCAGCUUCUAGAGCUCAGACUCAUCCUCUGGGCCCAUGUCCCUACAUGUUUUGGUUAGUGGUAGCGCCUUGCUGCUAAACCCUCCUCCAGGUCAGCCACUCCCCUCCAUCAUGUCUUGGGUCCUCUCCAUGGAGAAGGCACUGAGCCCAUCUGUAUAUAGCACCCCUGCAAUUCUGCCUGAGACCAUGUGGUCAGAAGACUGACCCUUAAACAGUGUCCUCUGCACCCCACCAGGAACACCCUGGUGCUGGUGUUCGGUGGUAUUCACCACUGCCAUUGGCUCCCAAAGGGCCCAGGAGGGUGCAGAGAAAUUCAUGUCGAGGGAGGAGAUUCUGGGCCAUUAUGAAAGAGACCAUCUGGAAGAAGAGAUGAGGAUCCCAUAAAUCUGCUCCUUUCCUUCCCUUUGAGUCAGGGGACAAAGGCCACGUUAUCCUAGCAGAUAUUCCAGACCAUUUUGGCUGGACUAGAAAGUUCUCCAGUGAGAUCCUCCUGGUCUUUUUGAGGUGGAGCCACUGUGGAGGCCAGAGGGUUCCAGAAUUCCUCUGUUCUAUCAAGAAGCUUUCUGGAAGUGGCAUGACUGUGGGCACUUGCGGAGGGAGAUCCCUAGGGCUCUCUGCUACUUUAUAUCCUCUCUGCUGUCACCUCCCAUUGCCAGACUCCAAGAACAGUAGACAAUGAGGAAGAAGGUGAAUCUCCUUUGCAGCAGCUGCUCUCAGGGGCCUAUAAUGUCCUCAGUCUCUCCCAUAACCCCUUCCAUUCAGGUCAUGUAAUGACAAGGGAGGCAGUCAGAGGAGAGCAGGAACCUGGCCAGAACUUCCUAGUUCAUUUCCGGCUCCAUAUUGGAUCUCCAGUUUCUCUUUUCUUUAUCUCCAAACUUUGGGAACUUGGACCCAGAACUGAAGUAAAGGUCUGAGUAAACAUC